CGCUCGUCGCUGCUGGCGCGGCAGUCAUUUCAGCCGUCACUUGUUUUUGAGUGCUGCUUGGAGUUGGUCGCUCGCCUGCUGCGCUCUUAGUUGUUUUGGCUAAGUUCACUUAGUUAGUGCCUCCGUUUAGCGUUUAGGCGAAAAGCUGGAAAAAAACGUAUAAAAUAUAUCGCGUUGUCGUCGCCGUCGCCGCUGCUUUUGUGCCUGUGUUUGUGAGUGCCGAAAUCAUGAAUAUACACAUCGUGAUAUACACAUAUACGAAUAUUAAAGCGAAGAGUUGCUGUUCAGUGAAAUAUACGCACAACUGCUAAACUACUAAAGUUAGAGAACGCUUACUGUCGUUGCCAUGGGACGAGCGACGAGCAUCUGGACUCAAUUGCGAUCCAGUGAAGAGCAGAGAGCAGAAAAACAGAAGUACAGAUAAACAGGCAAGCCCACGGAAAUGGAUUACAUAGUGAAGGCCUACAAGGACUGGAAGCUGCACUCGCAGUUUCAAGAGAUCGUUCCCGACAUGGAUGACUCGGAAUUCAUGUUCAACGAGAAGCAAUCGAUCCGGGACUCCGGGCGCACCCUCAAGCGCUACGGGAGCACCUGCUGCAACAGCCUCCGGAACAAUGAGACCCUCAUCCGGCACAUCGUCGAGAAGACGGACACGCUGCAGGGCAUCGCCCUCAAGUACGGCUGCACGACGGAGCAAAUAAGACGGGCCAACCGCCUCUUCGCCUCGGACAGCCUGUUCCUGCGUCAGUUUCUCCUGGUGCCAGUGGAGAAGAACUCCCCGUACUAUCCCCAGGUGCCUGGCGAUUCGAUAGCCGCCUUCGAUGCCGUGCUGGCCACGCCACCGGGCACUCCGGAUGCCAAUGGACAGCGGGAGGCGCACAACAAUGCCAAUAACCUGAGCCAGAGCAACAAGAGCUUCAUGAAGAGCAACGACAUCAGCAGCAGCAGCAGUAGCACCAGCAGCAGUGGGAGCAGCAGCAGCUGCAACACAAGUGGCACCGGCCCCAUUUCCGGAGGAUCGCGUUCCGGCGGCAACCAACAGCAGCAGCAACAGCCCCCACAACGGCCGUACUCCAUUGCCGGGGAACUGCUGGUGGUGCAGGUCGGCGACGAGGAUCCAUCGAUGAUGCACGGCCACGGUGGUUGCAGCGGUAAGCAGAGCAAGAGCCUGGACUCGGUGGCAGCAAUGACGCCCGAGGAGGAGAACAGGAAAUGCAUGAACGACUUCCUCAACAAGAUAGACAACACCAUUUCCGAGUCGCGCAAAUAUGUGGAGCGCUCCAAGGAUAUGGUCAGCAGUCAAAGUGAUGCGGACAUCUGCAUCAGUGCCACCGCCGACGUUUUCCCGCAGCGCCGCCAUCCGCUGAACAACUCCUACAAGACCAACAACAACGACCGUCCGUCGCAGUACCAGCGCCACAGUUCGACGGGCAGCGGGAACUCCUCGGACACGGCGCACCUGCUGAACACGACGCAGACGCGGCGAGUUCAGAACUCGCUGAAGCGGCUGGAGAAGCAGCAGGACGACUUCUUUGAGUUGUAGCAUCAGUCGGCGGGACGCAAUCUAGCCUAAUUACGCAGAGAGUUAAUUUUAACAAUUCGUUUUUAAUUGCCGCGCAUUGGGGAGACGACUUAGGUCAGCAUAUUGCAUCACACGGAAAUGCCGCACUCUAAAUGUAAUAUAAAUACUGAUAUCUAUCGACACGUAUGCGCGAUACCUUACCUAUACGAUUAAACAUAAAUGUAACUGAGCUAAAACCUAAACUAAACUAUAUACCUAAACUAAGCGCUGCGCUAUGUAAACCUGUAGUACGAUGACAAGGCCGUUCUGUCCCCCUUACUUUGAUCUUGUGUCAGCCCUGUAUAAUUGCCGCCAAUUUGCUUGCAAGAUCCGAUCUGAGCCGCGUCGAACAGAUCCGGAAGCCUACUGUCCUCCUGUCCGCCCUCCUGCCCCCAUUAUGUUUACUUUUUGUAUGACUCUAGCUUUAAUCACACUGUGUAUAAUUUAGUUAUGAGAAUUAUUAAUGUUAAUUGUAUAUAGUCGCCGGAAAACACAACAAUCCACUGGACUGCUCUGAUCGCUAACACACGAAAUUGGCCAACUGUUGACGUGUAAUUUUAAUUUAUUUUGUAGCUUUCCAAAGUAUUAAACCGCAAACGUUCUUUUUAAAACCGUAACCUCAAUUGUUAAGCAAGCAUCCACCACAAAACAAUAUAUACACCUAAAUAUGAUAUAUGUAUAUCCCAGAAACCUCAAUAUCGAACUGCACUCAUAUCGAGCCAAGUCAUGUUGUACGUGAGAAUGUUUUUUAAAAUAAAGUGAGAGUUGUGUUGGAACAAACGA